UCAAGGAAAUGAUUGGAAACAUAGCGAAGAGAUGGAGGUCUCUAAGUGGAGAGAACAACUGGAGAAACCUCUUAGAUCCUCUAGACAUUGAUCUAAGAAAAUGUAUCCUCCAUUAUGGCGAUAUGGCUCAAGUAAGCUACGACACAUUCAAUGACGAGAAGGCAUCAAAGUAUGCCGGAGAUAGUCGGUACUCGAUGGAAGACCUCUUCUCCAGGGUUGGUUUAGCCAUAGCCAAUCCUUACAAGUACAAAACAACCAAGUAUUUGUAUGCAACUUCUCAGGUUCCGGUGUCGGAAUCGUUCAUUCUAAAGUCGAUGUCAAGAGAGGCUUGGUGCAAGGAGUCUAAUUGGAUUGGAUAUGUUGCAGUAGCUACUGAUGAAGGAAAAGCUGCAUUAGGCAGGAGGGAUAUUGUGAUUUCAUGGCGAGGAACGAUUCAGGCUUUUGAAUGGAUUGAUGAUUUUGAUUUCCCUCUGGUCUCUGCCUCAAAACUUUUUGGAAAAUCCUGCAAUGCUCAAGUUCAUCAAGGCUGGCUCUCUAUUUACACUUCCGAUGAUCCACGUUCCCCAUUCAACACAACCUGUGCCAGACAGCAGGUCCUUUUGGAGGUGGAGCGCCUAGUGGAAGAAUUCAAAGAAGAGGAGAUCAGCAUAACGAUCACUGGGCACAGCCUAGGUGCAGCACUUGGAACUCUAAAUGCAGCAGAUAUUGUCACCAGCGGAAUCAAUCAGAGAGAUCAUCCCAGUCAGCCCUGUCCGGUUACUGGGUUUUUCUUUGCAUGUCCACAUGUUGGAGAUUCGAGCUUCUGCCAGAUGUUGCAGGCAAUGAAAGAUCUUCAUAUCCUUCGCGUUAGAAAUGCGCCCGAUCUCAUACCUUAUUACCCACCACUUGGGUACUCAGAUGUUGGCGAAGAGCUGGUUAUUGACACCCGGAAAUCGAAGUACCUUAAAAGUCUUCCAGAUUUUUCAAGGGUGCAUGGCUUGGAAGCCUAUCUGCAUGGAGUCGCAGGAACACAGGGGAGUCGAGGAGAGUUUCAUUUGGAAGUUAAAAGGGACAUUGCUUUGGUGAACAAAUGGUUGGAUGCUUUAAAGGAAGAAUACUUGGUUCCCAAAUCAUGGUGGUGUGUUAAGAAUAAGGGGAUGGUUCAACAGGACGAUGGGUCCUGGUUAUUAGAAGAUCACGAGAAAGAUAAACCAUGA